AUGAUUGUGGGAUACCUUUCUCUUAGCUUACUUGCCUCGGCUGUGAGCGCUGGUAGCAUAUCCGAUCUCGUGGGUACUUGGUCGACAAAGUCUCGCAAUGUUGUUACAGGUCCGGAUUUCUAUGAUCCGAUAAACGAUAAAUUUCUCGAACCGAAGCUCACUGGGAUUUCCUACUCGUUUACGGAGGAUGGUCACUAUGAAGAGGCGUAUUAUCGCGCCGUCGCCAAUCCUGCGAACCCCUCAUGUCCGAAAGGUAUUAUGCAGUGGCAGCAUGGCAAAUUCGUCCUGAACAGCGACGGAUCCCUCGAGUUGACUCCUAUCGCCGUGGAUGGUCGCCAGUUACUUUCAGAGCCCUGUUCAUCACUCAAGGCAACAUAUACCAGGUAUAACCAGACGGAAACAUUCAACGUUUCCGUGGAUCCUUAUCACGGCGUUCGGCGGCUAGACCUUAAGAGUUUUGACGAUUCGCCUAUGCAUCCGAUGUACCUGGUGUACAGUCCGCCGCAGAUGCUGCCCACAACGACCUUGAAUCCUGUAUCUGAGACGGGGAAAAGUAAACGUCAUGUCACCAGAGAUACGGACCGAUCGACUAGCUUGGGGAACAUGAUUCGAACAGAAGAGCUUCUCAACCCUGACAGGUGGCUUUGGAUUGGGGUGCUCGUCACUGCUCUAGGUGGCAUCACGCUAUUUUACUCUUGA